AUGGUAGCAAUCUUUAAGUCUCGAACAUGCUGCGGAUUUAUUCCCAUCAAGACAGGUGUCUUCAUCAUCACAAUCUUUGGCAUUCUCAACAAGAUUUGCGCACCAUUCGGUCUGUUUAUGCUGCAAUAUGUCAGUGCUGAUGCACUUCUAGUCUACAUCUACACACUUGGUGCUCUGGGUGCCUUUGUAGCUGGACUCUACGGUUACAAAAAGGAAAACUACAAAUUAAUCCAAUGGUACACCAUAUUCUACUGGGUCGACUGUCUUGUCAGUACAGCAACCACAUUAAUGUUUGCUAUCAAGUGGUUUGUCUACACCGAUCACAGUUUGCCUUCUAAUGCCAGUGAUACUUUGACUCAAGAAGACUACGAUGCCAUGUUCCGAAUGGAGGGCAUGGUUAGCGUUACUAUCCUAGCUAUUCUUCGUGUUGUGCAUAUUUAUUUUGCAAUUGUACUGAGUAUUUAUUAUCGUACUUUGAGUAAAACUCAAUACUCUAAAUUAGCUGCUGCUGUAGAUGAGGAUCUCAACUAUACAGAAGCUUAA